AUCUUCCCGGACCAGGGCUCAAACCCGUGUCCCCUGCAUUGGCAGGUGGAUUCCCAACUGCUGCACCACCAGGGAAGCCCCGUAUCUUUAAUUCUAAAGAGGGGCCAAGUGAACUGACUUGCUGCCUCCCUCUUAGCCUCCCCUUGCCCAUCCUCUGAGAGAGGUGUUAACUGGAAGAGGGAAGAAAACCACCCGGGAAGGAGCACCCAAUGUGUGCUGGGUGCUGGCCUGGGGUAUGGAGGUGCUAUUGUUUCAUCUCGUACAGAUGAGGGACCCGAGGCUCUGAGAAGAGAACUCAUAUUGUCAGGGCCGUGCAGCUAGAAGUUUCGGGGCAAAGCCUUAGACCACAAGCUCUCUGCCUCAAGAAUCACGUUCUUUCCAUGAGAACAUCUGGCUCCUGCUUCACCUGUGAAAUGUACAAAAGCAGUGAAAUGACCCAGCUCAGCCUUUGAAUAAUUGAUAGGUUAUGUAUUUCCAUCUGGUAAAGAAAUCUAUUGAGGUCACUCCUUGGAUGGGACAAGGGAUCCAGCUAAGGCCCUGAUGGCACAGCCAUGGUCGGAAAUAGGGCAGACCCGGCAGACUUGGCCAGGAGCGCGGUGCACCAGAGACUGGGGCAGACAGACGUUUGCAAACGGGGGAGCAACAGGCCAGAGCCAGCAUGGAGAUAUAUUUUGUUUGGCAUCCAAGUGUUUUAGAAAAUUUUUAAUUAGUAACCAAUGUUUAAAACUCAGGAAAUUUUCUAUAAAAAUCCAGGUUUCCAGUUCUUCUGAAGACCUGAUGAGGCUUAGCCCUCAUUGCAUUGAGUAGCAAUGGUCUGCGAGGAAGCAGCAGCUACCCCUUCAGAGGGGCUCCUGCCUGUAGGAGGCUCCACCCCCACCUGCCCUUGUCCCCUUCCCUGUACAAGUGGGCUUCCGAGGUGGUCAGGGGCUGGGGGUUUACUCAGAGCAAGGAUGAGGAGUGGGGGUGGGGUGGGCGGCAUGGGUAGGACCAAUCCUAAUUGUUGGUGGCCCCCUAACCCUGGAAGCUUGGCAUUUCCACAUGCUGUGUUUAUUUGGUCUUCCCAGCAACCCUGCGAGGGCUCCCUCCCAGAAAUGGCAGGUAUCUUGUCUAACUGGUCAGUGAUAAUACUCAGGACUCACACACAGACCUUGUGACUCUCCUUUCCGGUCCCUGUGGCCUCUCCCGUCUCCCUGCAGCACUUUCAGCUGUCACACUUCCAUCUAGACCCUGGGAUUCCGGGACUGAGCUCUGGGGAGGGGACAGGGCAGGGGCCAUGCUUCUCAGACACACUCUCGCGAUCGUGAGGCUUCAGGACCUCUGGACUGCCCCCUUUGAAUCUGGUGUCAGUCCCUGGACCAGAGCACCCUGAAUUGGGACUUGGGACACUCUUAGUCAUUCAUUCAAUCAACAAAUGUUUAUUGAACAACUCCUUGGAACUCCCCUGGCCAGAUGAUACAAAUAUGGGCUGCAAAUAAUAAGACAGUUUUGAUCCUCAAGGAUCAAAACUUGGUGAGGGAGACAGGCAUCUGAGGCCCAUCAUUGUCAAAUAAUGUGGCCAGUGCACUGCGAGAGGUGUGAGCAGGAGAUGAUGGGUGCACAGGGAAGGGGCUCUCGCCCAGCUGGGGAUUCAGGAAGGCCUCCUGGAGGAGGUGAUACCGAGCUGAGUCUCAAAGGAUGAGUAGGAGUUAGUCAAAAGGAAGAGCAUUCUGGGCAGGGAGACUGCCUGGGCAAAGACUGGCAAGGAGAAAUAGGACCUUGAGUCAAAGUUCACUCCUUUAAAAUGGGAGGGGGAUGUGGCAAGGGCUGGCGAGUCAGGGGCUGGGACAUAGGGACACGGGACCGUGACAGUCCCCAGAAAGCCCUCUGACCUCUGUAGCACCUGGGCUGGGGGCAGGGGCCAGAUGGGAGGCUGCUGCAGUGGCUCGGGUGAGAGAGGGCAGUGGCCCGGUUCAGGCCCAAGGUAGCGGGGAUGGUGAGGGGAAUAGAUUUGAACAGUAUUGAGGAGGGAGUCUUGGCAGGUUUUGAGCAUGGAUUAGAUGUCCACGGUGAGGGAGAGGGAGAUAGAAAGUGCGACUCACAGGUUCCCAGCCCGCUGAGCUGUGCCACCCAAAGAUGCAAGAUCCCAAGCCGAGGAGUGGUCUGGAAGUGGGCAGUGGAGGCGGUGCCCGUGGAGGGCCUCCUGCAUAGUGGGGUCUGGCAUACUGGAGGACGACCUGCAUACUGGAGGAUGAAGAGGUUUGGGGGUUGCCAGCAUCCAGGACAUUGAAGCGAUGGGCAUGGAUGUGUGGCCCGAGGGCCAAGGGCCGACCCCAGUGAACAAGAACAUUCAAGAGCGAGGCCUGGAGAGGCUGAAGCAGAUGGUAAUUCCUACCUGACAACCUGGCCAGAAGUACGUGCACCAGCCCAGUUAAAGUGCUGAGCUCUGAAAAGCGGUCACUGCUCAGAUUUGAAGUGGAUCACAUCUCCAACUAUACAGCCCUCCUGCUGAGCAGGGAUGGCAGGACUCUAUACGUGGGUGCUCGAGAGGCCCUCUUUGCACUCAACAGCAGCGUCAGCUUCCUGCCAGGCGGGGGGUACCAGGAGCUGCCGUGGAGCGCAGAUGCAGAGAGGAAACAGCAGUGCAGCUUCAAGGGCAAGGACCCACAGCGGGACUGUCAAAACUACAUCAAGAUCCUCCUGCCACUCAACAGCAGCCACCUGUUCACCUGUGGCACCGCGGCCUUCAGCCCCGUGUGCACCUACGUUAACAUGGAGAACUUUACCCUGGCACAGGACGUGGUGGGGAACAUCCUCCUGGAAGAUGGCAAGGGCCGUUGUCCCUUUGACCCCAAUUUCAAGUCCACGGCCCUGGUGGUGGAUGGCGAGCUGUACACUGGAACAGUCAGCAGCUUCCAGGGGAAUGACCCAGCCAUCUCACGGAGCCAAAGCCUCCGCCCCACCAAGACUGAGAGCUCCCUCAACUGGCUACAAGACCCAGCGUUUGUGGCCUCAGCCUACAUUCCCGAGAGCCUGGGCAGCCUGCAAGGGGACGAUGACAAGAUCUACUUCUUCUUCAGCGAGACUGGUCAGGAGUUUGAGUUCUUUGAGAACACCAUUGUGUCCCGCAUUGCCCGUGUCUGCAAGGGUGAUGAGGGGGGCGAGCGGGUCCUGCAGCAGCGCUGGACGUCCUUCCUGAAGGCCCAGCUGCUGUGCUUGCGGCCUGACGAUGGCUUCCCGUUCAACGUACUGCAAGACGUCUUCACGCUGAGCCCCAGCCCCCAGGAAUGGGGUGACACCCUCUUCUACGGGGUCUUCACAUCCCAGUGGCACAGGGGGACCACAGAAGGUUCUGCCAUCUGUGUCUUCACCAUGAAGGACGUGCAGAGGGCCUUCAAUGGCCUCUACAAGGAGGUGAACCGCGAGACGCAGCAGUGGUACACCGUGACCCACCUGGUGCCUUCGCCCCGGCCCGGUGCGUGCAUCACCAACAGCACCCGGGAAAGGAAGAUCAGCUCGUCCCUGCAGCUCCCCGACCGUGUGCUGAACUUCCUCAAGGACCACUUCCUGAUGGAUGGGCAGGUCCGCAGCCGCCUGUUACUCCUGCAGCCCCAGGCCCGCUACCAGCGUGUGGCUGUCCACCGCGUCCCUGGCCUGCAGCGCACCUACGACGUCCUCUUCCUAGGCACUAGUGACGGCUGGCUGCACAAGGCGGUGAGCGUGGGCCCCGGGGUGCAUAUCAUCGAGGAGCUCCAGAUCUUCUCAUCAGGACAGCCUGUGCAGAACCUGCUCCUGGAUGCCGACAGGGGACUGCUGUAUGGUGCCUCACACUCGGGUGUGGUCCAGGUGCCCGUGGCCAACUGCAGCCUGUACCAGAGCUGCGGGGACUGCCUCCUGGCCCGGGACCCCUACUGCGCUUGGAGCGGCUCCAGCUGCAAGCACGUCAGCCUUUACCGGCCUGCGAUGGCCUCCAGGCCAUGGAUCCAGGACAUCGAGGGGGCCAAUGCCAGGGAACUCUGCAACACUUCCUCGUCCAAGGCCCGGAGUUUUGUACCAAGAGGUGAGAAGCAUUGUGAGCCAGUCCAGUUCCAGCCCCACACAGUGAACACUUUGGCCUGCCCCCUCCUCUCCAACUUGGCAACCCGGCUCUGGCUGCACAACGGGGUCCCCAUUAAUGCCUCGGCCUCCUGCCGCGUGCUGUCCACCGGGGACCUGCUGCUGGUGGGCAGGCAGCAGGAGCUGGGGGAGUUCCAGUGCUGGUCACUGGAGGAGGGCUUCCGGCAGCUGGAGGCCAGCUACUGCCCAAAGGUGGUGGAGGACGCAGUGGCAGACCGAGCAGACCAGAGUGGCAGCGUGCCCGUCAUCAUCAGCACGUCUCGGGUGAGCGCGCCGGCCGGGGGCAGGGCCAGCUGGGGUGCAGAGAAGUCCUACUGGACCGAGUUCCUAGUGAUGUGCGCGCUGUUCGUGUUCGCCAUGGUGCUCUUCAUUUUAUUCUUCCUCUACCGGCACCGGGGUGGCAUGAAAGUCUUCCUGAAGCAGGGGGAGUGUGCCAGCGUACACCCCAAGAUGCACCCAGUGGUACUGCCACCUGAGACCCGGCCGCUCAAUGGCGUGGGCCCCCCUAAUACCCCACUCGACCACCGAGGCUACCAGGCUCUGUCGGACAGCUCCCCAGGGCCCCGGGUCUUCACAGAGUCAGAGAAGAGGCCGCUCAGUAUCCAGGACAGCUUCGUGGAGGUGUCCCCGGUGUGUCCCCGGCCCCGGGUCCGCCUGGGCUCUGAAAUCCGGGACUCUGUGGUGUGAGAGCAAACUUCUAGAGGCAGCCUCCCUCUAGGGGCCAGGAGUGCUCAGAGAGGAUCGGCUGGACCCCUGCUCCUCGUGGAACACAGCCGCGGUGCCCAGCCCUCGGGAGCGAUGGAGCCAGCUUGCCUGGUGUCAAGCAACAAGGCCCCUCCACCCCAGAUGGCCACAGCCCCACAGGGCCUGGCUGAAGAUCGGGGCCUGCCCGGGUGGGCAGAACAGUGCUCCUUAUGAAACUGAGCCCUUUGUUUCAAAACAGUUGAAAAUGUGAAACAAGAGAAAACAGUGAGAGAACACAGAAUGCCAUGCACACGGCCGGCCCAGUCUCCAGACUGGGAGGGCUCAUCCAAAGUGGUUGUUGGAGACAGAGUUGGACAUCCCACACCAACUGGCCUCUUCCACCUUCCGCCUUAUCCUACUGCCACAGGCUGCCCCUUCUCACGGCAGAGCCAGGGGCCAGCUCGGGCUCCAGUGGGUCCAGCCUCGCCGGCUGGCCAAGUUGUUGCAGCCAUCAUCCUGUCACCUCAGGGACCGGAGGGCCACACUGGCACCAGAGCCCUCACGACGCCCUGGGCUCAGACCCACCUCCUGGACCUUUCCGGCCUGUAUCAGGCUGCGGCCACAUGAGAGAGACAGAGGGCAGUGUGAGCCCAGGAGAGAGUAUAUGACAAUGUACACCUUCCCUCGGAAUUCCAGGAAGACUGUUGCCUGCCUUCCUCCAUCCCAGCCUGCAAACCUGUGUCCCUUUUCCCCACACCUGCCCUGGCCUCCUCUUCAAAACCAGUCCCCAGUUCACCCCUACACCUUGCAGCCUCCACUCUAAGGGAUGUUGAUACUGCCCAGCACAGGGGCCCUGAGUUUAUGUGGGUUUUGUAUUCUUUUUAAUAAAAUGCACUUUACUUUUUUUUUUUAAUAAAAUCUAAAGAAUUGAAAUUGAAUCAUG